UCAAUUUUCGUUUUCGUUUAUACAGCCAAAACAACAACUUUGUUGUAAAACAUUUUUAGAAAUUUUCAGUCUUAAACGGUUCAAAUAAUGAAAAUACUACAUUUUUUGUGCAAAAUCGUCUGUGAUAGAGUACACAAAUAGACAGAUUCGAGUUAAAGGAAUACAUAUGAACAAUAUUUGUUAAAUUUCAGUGAAAUUCGGGCGUUUGUUUAUGCUGAGAAGAAAUCUUGUUUACGUUGUGGAUUUUGGGUCGAUUUAUUUUUAUUUCAAUUUUGUGAUUCAGGCUUUCCCACGAUUUCCGAUCGCAGUUCGCAUUAUUCCAGUGCGUUAUCGGAAUACGGUCCAAAACAGUUUGGCUAACGCAAAUUUAAAACAGUCACGGUGGCUUCCGUUCCCGAUGAUACAAUCCUCCAAGUGGUCUCCCUGCAGAAUGGCCACCACACGGCGACGGCAGCCGUACUGGAUAUGGACUUUUGCCGUUUGUGUUUAGGGGGAGACGGAACACAGCUGAUCAGUGUAUUUGGCGAGGAAUUUAACGAACCUGGAAAGGAAUCGUUGAGCGGCAAAAUCCGUCGGUUCUUCGAAGUUCAGAUUAACGAAACCGACGUUCUUCCAACGCACAUUUGUCAGCAGUGCUUACUGCAGACCGAAAGUUGUUCGGAGUUUCGGGAAAAUUGCAUUCGAAAUGACGAGAAACUGAAACAGCUGGUAUUUGUGCAGGAGAACAUAAUGGAUCCAAUAGAUUCGCCGCCAAUGCCGCAGUCUGCGAUGCUUUCCAAGAGAGAAGAAUUAGUCUUAGGAGAUGAUUGUGAUGAUGAUGAAGAGAGAAGUAAUGCUGGCGGCGAGGAGGAAGAGGAAUCUGCAGAGACCAUAAUUGUAGAUCCGACGAAAGACUAUGAAAGCUCGAAUCAAAGUUUGCAAGAGUUGUUCUCAGACGAAGAAGAUAAUGAUGAUGUGGGCGGUCAAGAAGAUACGAAUGACGAGAGUGUAAAAGCAGCAAUGAAUAAUGAUUCCUCGGAGGAUAUGGAUGAUAGCAAGUUGAAAAAGUUGGUCCACAUGUGCAAAUAUUGUGACGUGGCGUUCGCCAUGUCCAACGCGUGUUACAUUCACGAAACGCAGGACCACGAUUUGAUGGCGCCGUACGCUUGCCAGUUUUGUGAGUUUAAAACCGCAAUCCGGUUGCCUCUUAUUACGCACAUUCGUGACGUUCACGGAAUCGAUCGACCGUACAUCUGCAUUCAGUGCAAUAAGGGUUUCCAUCGGAGGUCAGAUCUCAAAAAGCACACGUUUGUGCACAGUGGUGUGCGGCCCUUUGCUUGCCACCUUUGUGGAAAGAGCUUUUCGAGGAAUACGAAUCUUACGAAGCAUCUGAGAAUCCACUCGGGAUUCAAACCACACAUCUGCAAUGUCUGUCCAAGGUCUUUUGCCAAUAAGGCAGAUCUUGUCCGACAUCAGAACAUACAUCUGUCCUUGGGAAAGCAGUUUUCCUGCAGCAAGUGCAAUAAUACUUACGCUCGGAAGGACAAACUGCUUAGCCACGAGCGGCUCUGUUUGGUCAGGCAUCAGCAAAUGUUACAGGAACAAUAUCAAUCACAGAGACUGAUGAUGACCCACGUUAUUUCGACCGUUCCUCAUGGCUCUGUCGGUCAAGCACAGUUCGAUGCGGAAAGUAUGGUUAUCGCUUUGGAUCCGUAUCAGGAAAUCGAACCGACAGCAACCGAAGAUGAUCCUGGAAUACCGAAUGCUGCGCCCGUUUCGGCCAUUUCCAGUUUUUCAAAUGUUGCUCCACUAAAUAACGAAUAUCAAUCGAAUUCUUCGUCCGCACUUCAAGCCUUGCUGUUCUCAUGCCAAAAUUGUCCCAAGAAAUUUCUGUCCAAAAACACCCUCCACAGCCACCAGCUGACCCAUUCGGAUGUCCGAAAGUAUCGCUGCCACACGUGCGACAAGAAAUUCAUUCGCAAGCGCGAGCUCGAUCGCCAUCUUGCGGCAGUUCAUAGCAAUCUCAAACCCUUCGAGUGCAGUCAAUGCGCGAAGCGAUUUUCCCGCAAAGACAAAUUACUGCGCCACGAAAGGGUUCACCGGGAUGAUAAAUUUUUCUCAUGUGGUUCCUGCGACGCUAAGUUCUUGCGCAGGGAAGCGCUGACACUUCAUAUGAAGGUUCACUGCUCGGCGUCGGAGCGAGACGAUCCAGGGGAGAUGAUUAUCAUGAUUGAUCAAGGGCAGCAUCCCGAUCAGCUGAUGGAUUCCAGCGAUAUGGCGUAUACGAGUGACAAUGUAGGAAUGGAAGCGCUGGCUCAUCCAACAGCAAUUCUCUAAGGGACUGGGUAGGAACCAUUAAAAAAUUAUAAGACUAUGGUAGAUUCGAAGUGUGUUUGCUUUGUACCUUUCUCAGCUGUUUCGAGUCGAAAGUUUUGAGCUGUUUUUCCAUUCUUUAUAAACGUGAAUGUCUAAAUUUGACAAGUUCUCUACUCAGGUUUUGAUCUAAAUCAGGAUCUUGAUUUCAUAAGAAGAUAUACAGAUAAAUGAUCUGUACUCUGUUCUGUUUUUUAUUCUCUUAAGAAUUAAUUUUGUGAUUUCUACUCAUUCGCUUGAAUUUGGCUUACGACUUUAUCGAAGGGAAAGUGAAAUUGGAUAUUAUUUCAACUUAUGUGCAGUUUAUUUGUUAUUUUUUUUAAUGGAAUGGAUGUUUUUGGUUUCCAAUAUUUGGUAUUGUCCAGCAUCAUAUGUUUCUCUUGUUUAAAUUAUCUAGUCGUUCGGUUGGAACAAUGUCAUAAUUAAUUUUCUGUUUAUUUUUUUGACUGUUCUUCAACAUUUGGCUACUAUUCGACGAUUCAUUAUCAAUUUCUAGAAUAAAUCAAUAUAGCAAAUGUCUUAAAACAAUCGCACCAAAAAACAUUCAAGAUAACAUUACUAUCGACUAAUAAAACUUUUCAAUGACCAGGGCAUUUUACUUAGCAAACACACAUAUAAUCUACGCUUUCGUUCGUCUAAUUAGAUAUCUUUAUUUUACGACCGAUACAAUUUAUCUGAGAUAAAUUUAUGAUAGCAUCUCUUCGUAUAGUAAGUAGGAUUUAUCGUAAGGUGGUUUUCCUUUUUUAUGGGAAUGUAUUUAUUAUUGUAGAGUUGCGAGCGAUUCAAAUUAGGAAACAUGAUAAAAUCUAAAGAAAUUAUUUCUUGAUUUAUUAUUUUUAUUCAAACUCAUUUGGUCUCAUGUAUUAUCAUCGAUGUCGUACAUUAAAUAUAAUAUUCAUAAAAGCGAAUAAAUAAAGCUCUUAUCUGUAAACAAAA